AUGGUCUCUGAGUUGCGGGGAUGGCUUCAGGACUCUGGAGAUUGGACAGCCCAAUGGCUAAGGGUGUGGGAUUUCUACAAACAGCUGAAUGGAGAGUCUGAGGAUCGUCCAGGUACUGAUCUUCGGUUCAGGGAUGGGAUGUGGGAUGAUGAUGUCUUGGAAAUGCUUUGCAAAGUCCAUGCUUGGCUUGUCCGUCGUGGUUGGUCAUGGGAGGAUGAGUGGCUGUCAGUGUACGAGUACUUGCUAAAAGAAUCCGGUGAACUUGAAGAAUUUGGGGAUUCUGAAGAAUCCGGGAAACGUGAACACUCUGAGUGGCUACAUGAUGCCAAAUCUGGGCAAGCAACCUCAGCCUCACCUCCCACAGUGACCCCACCACAAGAUCGGUUCUUGCGGGUGUCGCCAUCCCGAACGCCAGAGAAGGUACCACGCCCGCUCCAGAAAGUCCAGCUGGCAGCAAACAAGAGAUUGCAAGCCCAACUCAAAAAGCUGAAGAACCAACCAAAGAACGAACCGGUGAGCCAGUCAGACCAGUCAGGAAAGCCAAAGCCUUCAGGCACCGUGCCAAGCAAGGUCUCCAAACCAAAGACUUCUAGUAAGAAGCCGCUGCGGAAGAACAACAAAUCAGGGCCUAUGCAGAAGGCCAUGGCAGCCUUCUUUCAGAAGGCCAAGGCUACCAUGUCACACCGAGAGGCUCAACAAGCCUGGAUGGAAUCCAGUGAGCGUGAGUGCAUUGUCUCUUCUAUGUCAGCUUCUGAACGCGCUAGGAAACGGGUGACGCUGAUGACAACCUGCCCAUGGUUGUUUGACCUCGGCGUGAAAGUUGAUCCGGAGCGGAGGAUUCGCUUGGCUCGCAUCAAAUCCCGUCUCAAUUUGCAGAUUGUACGAAAGUGGCGUUGCAAAGUCACCGGUCGCUGGAGAGUUGCCGGAGGUAAAGACUUGGCCUCGACAGCGACAUAUCCAAUUGGAUUUGGUAUGAAAAUUGCUUCGUUGCUGAAGAGUUAUGUGGACGAACAUGACCCUCAAGUUCUUCCUGAUAGCGGCCUUCGCUUUGAAGACGUUGAUGACUCUGCCAGCGAUAGUGGCAUUGAGCACCUUUUGGAUUAG